AUGUCGCAGGAUGAGAUGCAUGAUAAAGCAUCAAGAGCACCUCGUCCUGCAACCACCAUCAUCUUCUCUUGCUCGCAACAUGAGCUCGGACACUCUUUUGAUUCCUCGUCCCCUCCCUCCAUUCCGCUACGCUCCUUAAUCUCUCACAUGGACAACCUCCUCACUGGCUCCUUCUUUGCUUUGCCCGCCCCUAUUGCUACUGCACUCUCGACCGCUGUGCCUCUUGGCCCUCGCAAGCUGUCACUGCAUGACUUUCCUGACAUUCUCACGGAGCUCAAUCCUGAUCGUCUUAUGGAUCCUCCUGCGGUCAUCAAAAUCAUCCGUUCAGGCCUCAAGGCAUACAUACUGCUCACAGCCUUGAUGAACGAGGCCUGUCGCAGUGUCCAUAGGCUGGCUCACCAUCAAAAGGAGACUCUUAAGAUCAAGAACGGAUCUGUCACCGUCUCACUUCUGGUCCUCGAUGCCUCUUGUGAACCGUUCCUCUUUGCUGCUGAAUUCCAGCAAGCCUACCCAUGCUACCUUUCUCUCAUUCAUGCGCACUACCCGAGGCAAGGGUGA